AUGCGAGGUUAGUUUAGCAACCAGAAAAUUAUUUCCCCAAGCGAAGAGCAGAAAUUGCGGAAUGCCAACAUUUUUGGCAUUGCAAUUUUCCUUGGUGGGAACAGCCCGAACGGGCGAUGAAAUCGUAGUUUAAAUGGGCUUUCGUAUCAAUGUGUAAUUAUCGAUGGACUACGUAAUAUCAGUUGUAGAAUUUAAAAAAAUGUAAUUUUUUUUAGGCCCCAUUACUAAAAAAAUGUUAUUUGUAAAAAAUUAAAUUGUAUCUUGAACCGACGUUGACAUACUGCAGAAUCGUACUUGCGCUAUUCGAUUCUAAAUGUGUUAAAUAUUAUUUUCUCUUAUUCUAAAGUCCUGAUGAGAGAUCAAAUCAGAAUGAAGUUAGAAAUGACCGUAUGACGCAAGAGUCCACUUGAUAAGACGGAAAAGCGCGGUGCACGGUUUUCGAACAUUCAGAUAUCGCCGCAUUUCCCCCAUUCAGCAGUCCUUUAAUGGGCUGAAAGGUCUGCUAAUUAAUAAAUAUUACUUCUGAUUGUUUAGCCAAAGCCCCUGUCUAGAAAUACAAUAGCGACUUGAAUUUUAGCUCUGUGAGUUUUGGCUUCUGACCCGUCUAUUGCAACUUUGCCUGAUAUUACUGUGGUCUGUUUUACAUAUAUUUUUGAAUCUUGUUCGAAUCUGUAUGAGGAUUCAAAAUUAGAGUAAUUUAAUUGCAAAAUAAAGUCUUGUUUGUCAAAUUUCUUUUCCCUUUUUUUACGUCAAUGGACCAAGUUGAUGACCUGAGGGCAUGUUCAAUGAAUCCAAUGUCCAAAAUACACGGGUCUUAUCAGCAGUUUCCGAAGUCUUAACAUCCCAGAAAACAGUUGACUUUGCAAUGAAAUUUUUGAAUCUAAAAGUGUAAUGGACCCUACAGAUUGCAGAUCGUAAACAUGUUGAGUGCACAUAUAGAUUUGGGUCCUCCAGACUUCAACCUAACUUGGUAAAAAAUAAAAUUUUUGAAGGAUUAUGUAAUACUUUUUAGCCCACAAAAAAUGGCGGGUCAUUUGCAAUGUGUGUUACAAUAUUUCUGCAAAAACAUUUUCCCUUUUCUGAUCAAACGCCAAAAAGACGUUAUGGCUUAAAGGUUACCGUUUAUUUCUGCUCUAUCAGUCUCCAAAACCUUUUGAAUUUCUCAGAGUCCUCUGCAAAUCUUUAGCUUUGAUUUUCAAGGCCUUAAACAUAGCCCAGACAGAUCAAGUUGGGUUAAUUUGACCCCUUUCUAGAGCCAUAUUCCUUGAGCAUUUCUCCUUCAAAUGUUUCAAAAAGUAUUUCUGAACUGUGUGAUGUUUGUUUUCCAAUUUCUCCUGUACUCAUGACGUGAUUUCUGUCAGAAUUCUCAACGACCACUGAUUUCCAAUUUGUUGUUGCCCCAAUACCCCACAUGUUAGGUGAUGUCACAACUUCUUCGGUCUGAUCUCUUGACUCCCAUCGCCCAAUUUCCUUUUAUUUUUUGAUCUCUUCAACGCGUUGCAACCACGAAAGAUCACUCGAUGGCCGGUUCCUCCAGCAUUUUCGAGUGCAUUUAGUCGAGGAAUCCGUCGAUGAUUCAGCUCCUUCUUCGGUAUAAAAAGGAAUAUGAUCUUCUUGAUAUUAUUUUAGCCAUUACCAUUGCGUUCCCUUUUCGUGCCACUUUUUCAAGUUUUUUUGAUGACUUAAAAGUACUGUGAUUUUAGGUCGAGCCCUUUUUGUGGGUUUUGACCGAUUUGGCCCGAAAAGCGCCCAAAAUUCGUUGCAGCAAAAGAGCGACCAAAUCCCAUUUGUGGGUCGGUGGCCUCGAGAUCAGCCCCGCAGGCGCCGUUUUUGACGCCACUCAGCCCUUGGGCAACUCCGACCGACGUCCCAAACCACCUUGGGUACGUUUUUUUAUGGGAUACUGUAAUUUUUAUUGAAAACUAAAAAAAUUUUUUUGGUCCAAAAAUAAUUUUUAAAGUAAAAAUCGUGUCAAUUUAGGCAAAAUGAGUACUGUAAACCACGUUGAGAUUAUCGAAAGACUUGACCGAAAGGUUACCGUAACCCAAAAUUACAUGGAAACCACAAAAUUGGCUCAAGAAUUAGCGACGGCAAAGAAUCUGAAUGUAAGCUGAAAUAAAAGUUGUUAUUACAACCAAUAGUCAGCUAGCAAUUAUGAUUUAACAAUUUCUAGGAGAACGACAAUCCAUUUUUCGUCGUGAAUAUCUCCGAUUUAAUCGACCGUUUCAACGAAUGGAAGGCCAAAUUGCCAAGGGUUCAGGUAAAUCAGGUCUCUUGGAUAUUAUAACAACAACUAUUUUAAGCCGUUUUAUGCGGUAAAAUGCAACAACGACCCUGUGAUCUUGUGGGUUCUGGCUCAUCUUGGCUGCGGAUUUGAUUGUGCGAGUAGAGCUGAGAUGGAUAUGGUAGGUGUAAAAAAUAUUAUGUUACUGCAAUUCUUGGUCUAAAAAGAUCGAUGAAAACGACCCUUGCAGAGAACGAGCCAACACUUUUCCUAAUUCAGAAAUGGUCUAGGUAGAAUAUUUUUGCCAAAUUUGCAUGUGCCCAAAAAAAUUUCUCAAAGACAACAUCUUUAUUUUUGAAAGUUAUGUGAUUAUCUUCUUUAGGUGUUGAAAAAGAAGAUGGUAAAGCCGGAGAACAUUGUCUACGCGAAUCCCUGCAAAACCCGCUCCUUUGUCCAUCAUGCCAACCAAGUGGGCGUCAGAGCGAUGACCUUCGACAAUAAGGAGGAGCUGGCCAAGAUCAAGGAGAUCCAUGGGAACCCACAGUAGGCGUGAUACUUAAACUCUAAUAUCGUUUACAGUUUGCUUCUCCGAAUCGGGGUCUCCGACACGACGGCAGUUUGCCAACUGAGCACCAAGUAUGGAUGUGACCCCGAAAAAGAUGGGCCAAAACUUUUGAAACUCGCGAAAGAGAUGGGAUUGGAGGUGAUUGGAAUCGCGUAAGUGGCUGAUGUUGCCAGCAGAGAUGCUGACUUUUAUAUGUUUGCGAAAACAGAUGCUGAUUUAUACAAAUUUCCAAAAACAUGACCUUUAAUCUCAUGAAUAACAUAAUUUUCUUCCAGAUUUCAUGUUGGCAGUGGUUGUCGAGAUCCAGUUUCGUUCAGAAGAGCCCUGAAGGCAGCAAAGACAUUGUUUGACACCGGAAUUGAAUAUGGGCAUAACAUGGGAGUGUUGGAUAUUGGCGGGGGAUUCCCGGGAUACGACAGUGAGGAGAUCACCUUUGACGAGGUAAUUAUUAUUUUUGAUCCAGUAGUAUCUUGGACAACAUAUGACUCCGAUUCAACCUAUUCAUUUCAGAUCGUGAAUGUGAUCAACCCCGCCCUCGACGAGCAUUUCCCGGCCUCUUUGAAUGUGAAAAUCAUCGCUGAGCCGGGCAGAUUCUUCGCGACCCACCCCGUUUCCCUCGUCACCAAUAUAACUUCGGCCGUUGAGGUGUCGGCGGAGAGGAUCACGGGGAAAGCGGAGGACGCGGAGAAGCCGGGCAUGAUGUAUUAUAUGAACGACGGGGUGUACGGGUCGUUCAACUGCAUCUUCUUCGAUCAUUACCAUCCCAAGGGGGCGCCGUUGUUCGAGAAGAAGGGGGAAUUGGUGGACAGCACCAUCUGGGGACCCACUUGCGACGGACUGGAUCAGGUCGAGGUGAGAAGAGGCUUUGUAUUAUGGUGUAUUCUUCCGUUAAAUGUGACCAAAGAUCAUAAUAUAUUUUCCGUUCAACUUUAAGUCUUAUUUUUUCGUAUUUCAGGUCCAAACUCGGCUCCCCAGAAUGGCUGUCGGUGACUGGCUCUUGUACCAUGACAUGGGCGCCUAUACCAAUGUCGCCGCCAGUAAAUUCAAUGGCUUCGAGCCCCCAAAGACGUAUUACUUUGUGGACAAAACCAAAUGGUAGGUCAUAGCAAAUGAGCAGUUAAACAAGACCUUGUUUUAUAGGGCUCUACUCAGCGACAAUGCCCGCUUUGGCGCGUGA